GGCGGCUGAGGCGGCUGAGGCGGCUGAGGCGGCCGAGGAGGCCGAGGAGGAGGAGGUGGCCAUGGCGGCGGGGCGUCGCGGUGCCCUGAUCGUGCUGGAGGGCGUGGACCGGGCCGGCAAGAGCACACAGUGCCGGAAGCUGAUGGACGCCCUGAGGGAUAGCGGGCAGCCCGCCCAUCUCCUCACCUUCCCGGAGCGAUCAACAGAAAUUGGAAAGUUGCUCAGCUCUUACCUGGAGAAGAAAAUCAAUCUGGAGGAUCACACAGUGCAUCUGCUCUUUUCUGCGAACCGCUGGGAACAAGUGCCAAUGAUGAAGGAAAAGUUAAAUCAAGGCAUCACCCUUGUAGUAGACAGAUACGCCUUUUCUGGUGUGGCCUUCACAAGUGCCAAAGAGGGGGAGAAUUUUUCCCUGGAUUGGUGUAAGCAACCGGAUGUGGGACUCCCCAAACCAGAUUUAAUCCUGUUCCUUCAGCUGAGGACAGUGGAAGCGGCAACCCGAGGGAGUUUUGGCACCGAGCGGUACGAGAACAAUGCCUUCCAGGAGAAAGCACUGCAGUCUUUUCACCAUCUGAUGAAAGAUACGACUCUGAACUGGAAGACGAUUGAUGCGUCCAAGAACAUAGAAGACUUGCAUAAGGAGAUCCAUUACCUCUCUAAAGAAGCGAUUAAAGAAGCUGGAGAAAAGCCUUUAGAAGAACUGUGGAAAUGAUAGGAAUAGAUGUUUGCGUUGGGAAAAAUCUGUUAAACAAGGAUCCAAAAAUUCCCCUUUGGUGAAUGACGGGGUGAGGAGGUUAGCGGAGACGAUUUUGGAGGGUUAGGACUCUUUGUAAAACAGGAAGCCGAGUUCUCAGUUAUUUGUGGUCAGUCCAGGCCUCACAGUUCAACCUUAUUUGUUGCUGCCCUCUGUUUUUUAAGUCGGACUAUUGUAUAUAUUAAUGUCUUUUAUAUGCCCUAAAUUAAAAUAUAGUGUUUGAACAGUA